CAGCGUCUGUCUUCUUCGAAUGCACCUGACACUUUCUCGUUCGCUCUAGGUACAACGGAGUUGUGUCCCAUCGAAUUCUUCGCACUGUUCCAGCCUCGACUACCACCGUGAACUCGGUUUUAGCCGGUUCGCAAGACCAGAAAUGUUUUCUAUUACUCAACGCGUCGAUAACGCCGCACGCGUCCACGCAGUGACAUUGGUGGACCUCCGUCUUUAGGCUAGAACCGGCCUCGAUGUCGGUAAUUGCCAGGAGGCUCAAUUUGGUUCCGAGCAAAAAAAAAACACAGUAUGAUGACAUCGCAAGAUAAAUAAGUCACCGCUUGACUCGGCUUGACCAGCGACCGCCAUGUCCACGCUUACCAUGACUCGAAGCCAUCAGCAAGGACGACUCCGCUCCUUCUCCCUAUCCCUUGUUGCUCGGCAUUCGUCUCCAUUACUAGCUCUCCCCGUUGAGCUUAUCAUCGAUAUCAUUACCCUCGCUUUAAUCGAAUCCAAAAUCAACGCACUUGCGACAAUAUGCAAAGACAUGUCCUGUCUCUUCAACACCAUACUCUACCGCACAGUUUCCCUCAGCUCUACUCGCCCAGUGUCCCUUCUCUACCAGGCGUGCCGCUCGAACCCUUCUCUGACUAUCCACAUCAGACAUUUUACCGUGUCUGGAAACGCGGUUCUUGAUGCAAAGGGAUGGGGGCGCGUAUGGGAGAUUGUAUCUCGAGCCAAGGGACUAUUAUCUCUGUCUCUCAAGGAGGGAUAUCAACCGUCGUCUCUAGCUUUGAUCCUGGCAGAUCCGAAUCAUGAGAGUCUGUCGGCUGUCACGAUACAACGUUUCGACGCGCCCACCGCAUCAGUGGGACCUGCGUGCGUCGCACCCAUAACACAUCUCCGUAUAUGUGAACCCAGCGACCAAUGGCACUCUCCCUACGACAUCCUAUCGUCGUUCGGCUCACUUCCUGCACUUACCCAUCUACAACUGUGUCGUCGGGUGAAUGGUAAUGAAGAGAACGACUUGACGUUUGUGGAGGAGGUCGCGUCCAUUCUGAGGGACCGUCCACGUCUCAGGAUGCUUGUCGUGACUGUGUUCCCACAAAUGUGGGCGGGGGAAGAGCAGGUGGAGGGUAGUGACAUAUGGCGUUGGCUCAAGGAGAUUGCUGAUGAACGUUUGAUGGUCAAGGGUGGAUAUGGACUAUGGCUCAAGGACGAUGCUUGGGCGGGUGCAUAGGUUUCUUAGACUUUAGACAAUCUUAGAUGUACGUGUAGAUAUGACGAGAAUACGAUUGGGCUUGAGGUUUUCCCUGAGAAAAA